AUGGACAGUCUUGCGGAAAGGGCCAUAGUGCGUUCAUCGCCCUACAGCUUGCGCCCUCCAAGCCCGCCGAUAAUCCACGUCCCUCUCCAGCAGCCCUGCGGGAUCGAAAAGCACAGCAUAACGCCUUCAUACCGCCCUGUCAAGUUUUUUCAGCUCUCCAGCGAUGAAUUUGCCAUCAUUACCGGCAAUAGGAUCCAAACGACCAUCUACCGAGCAGGCUGGCCGUAUGAACUGCGCAGAGAGGCACAGCCCGUCCUCGAUUUCCUCUAUUUGGGCCCUACAAGCGUUCUUCGAAAUAAUGAAUUUUUGCAGCAAGAGUCCAUUAGCAUGAUGAUAAUUGUCCGUGACGCUCGGGCGCCCAGAAACUAUCCCAGCGCGCGAGCGGCGUCCGAAAGGCUUGGGAUUUCUCUUGUUUAUAUCGACGUCAACCCAGAUAACUUGGUUCCGUCUUUUUACGAAAUGGUUCAAAAAGUCAACAGCCAUCUUCUAAUUGUAAAUGGCUCCAAAGGAAGCGGAACAGAAGACGCGUCAAACUGUAUUCGGAGGCCGUUGGGCAAGAUUAUGGUGACCUGCGACACUGGCAACGAUCUCUCGCCUACCUUGGCGGCUGCCUAUCUCAUGCUCAUGUAUGGUCUGUCUAUGGAAUCUGGGUUCGCAUUCGUCAUUCUGCAGAGAUUCUGCUGUGCUUUUGAUGGAAAGUCAAAACAAGCUCUAUUGACAUGGCAAGGGCUUAUUGAAGCCAGUGCAGCCGUGGCCAGCCAUUCGCAGCAUCAUGUAGCUACAAUGGCACCAACAACUUAUACCAAGGGUAGUGGAAACACCAAACGCCGUCACGAAGCCACCGUAUACGAAGAUAAAACACAUUUAAACUUCUGUUCAGUUGGUGACUGCGAGCGAUUCGAGGGCCGAGCAACCUUUGUACCGUUUAUGGAACUUGACGGUUGA